ACCAGUGUACAUAUUUCAAUAUUAAUUGAACGUAUAAAUUCAGACCCACUGAGAAACGGUUAACCGUACUUUAAAGCAGCUUUGAAAAGACAUGAUUCAGUACAUUCAAGAAAGUACUCCUAGUGUUUGAUUGUGUUCGUUUAAGCUUUUUUGUUUUUGUGAUGCGUUUGAUUUAGUGAUAUUGACUCUCAGGCUUAUUUCUAAGUACAAACGUAUAAUUCAUAGCAGGAGAUAUUUUUAACCCCACUUGUCGGUUUUGAAAUUUGUUCCCUGAGAUUGGGAAAAUGCUGAGGGCACAUUCAGGUAUUUUAUAGCACCAAAAAACAUCUUGCACAAUUUGUUGACCAUCAGUGUCAUCACGUGAAGUGUGGAUAGGGAGGAUUUCAAAGUGGAAAAUGUUAAGCAAACUUUCUGGGGUAGUGUCCUCUUCGGGAUAAAAUUUAAUUUGGUUCCUUUUUAAGUAAGAUGAAACUGCUGCUUUUGUUGUGCCCGGCAUACCUCAUAUAACUUUACAUUUCAUGAAAGUAAGAAUAUUGCCGAUUUAUUCAUCAAAACAUUACAAAACACAAAAGAAAGCACAAGCGAAGUUCACUCUGCUUCAUGCUGACCAAUAGUUUGUGUGGACGACUACGGUAGAUUCAAACUUUCUUGAUAUCUCAGAGUUUGAAAUUAGGUUUGCAGGUCACACUCUGCCGCUCCACUGCUGCGUUGGUUUGUGGUGGGUUUUUCACGGGCCAGCUCUCAGCCCUGGACAGUCAGUGGGAGCUAAAUUUGGGAGUAGAGGUGAUCAGGUUGCCUCUCUGUGUGCACAUGAUACUGUCCUAGUUACUUGAGCAAUGUCCCUUCUCAUACUGUCACACACUCUGAGCGAGUCCAGACACACUCAGUGAGCCUCUUCAGCAGUCGGAGCGGCGCUUCUCCUCACCAUCAGAAGUAAAGGACGCUUUUACUUUGGGACUCUGGUUGGACUUAGUUUCUCCUGACUGGACUGAAUAUUUUGGCCUUUUUGCUGCUGUGGGGCUCUGGUUCUUGUCCACUGCUUCUCCUUUUUCUCCUCCUCCUCUCGACUCCCCUGCUACAGCCUCUGGCGGGAGGAAGACCCUGCUGACCCGCCAUGUUUCUCGCACUAGUGGUGACGCCAGAGCUGAGACAGUUCCUGGCCAAAGCAAGAGGUGGAGCAGUGCGGCUCAUCAAGGUGCGCAUCCAAGACGAGCAGCUGGUGCUGGGGGCCUACAGAGAACCGGAACAGAGCUGGGACCAGGACUAUGACCACUUCCUGCUUCCCCUCCUGGACGACCAGGAGCCCUGCUACAUCCUGUACCGCCUCGACUCCCAGAAUGCACUGGGCUACGAGUGGAUCUUCAUUUCAUGGUCUCCUGACCAGUCUCCAGUCAAACAGAAGAUGCUGUAUGCUGCCACCCGCGCCACAGUGAAGAAAGAGUUUGGGGGUGGCCAUGUGAAGUAUGAGAUGUUCGGCACAACAGAGGAGGACAUCUGUUUGCUGGGCUAUCAGCGUCAUGUGUCAUCCUGCUCAGCUCCUGCCCCGCUCACAUUAGCUGAGCAAGAGCUCCAAAGGAUCAAAAUCUCUGAGGGCCGGGUUAAACAGGUGAAGGCAGAGAUCAGCGUGGAGAGCAAACACCAGACACUUCAAGGCCUCGCUUUCCCUCUGCAGGAGACGGCCAGAAGAGCUCUACAGCAACUGGCCCAAAAACGCAUCAACUACAUACAACUGAGGCUGGACGUAGAGAAGGAGACAAUUGAGCUGGUCCACGCUAAUCCAACAGAAACUCGAGAUUUGCCCCGCAGAGUUCCCAAAGACACUCCCAGAUACCACUUCUUCCUUUACAAACACUCCCACGAAGGAGACUACCUGGAAUCUGUCGUGUUCAUAUACUCCAUGCCAGGAUACAGCUGCAGCAUUAAAGAGCGAAUGCUGUAUUCCAGCUGCAAGAGUCGACUACUGGAGGAAGUGGAGAAAGAUUACCGUUUGGAAGUAGCUAAAAAGUUGGAGAUUGACGAUGGAGAUGAACUGACAGAAGACUUUCUGUACGAUGAGGUCCAUCCCAAGCAGCACGCCCACAAACAGGCCUUCGCCAAGCCCCGGGGCCCUGCGGGAAAAAGAGGACACAAGCGCCUUAUCAAGGGGACAGGAGAGACCGUACAGGACAGCUAGAGGUGGACAAAAACUCUCCUACAGUUGUGUCUGCAGUUUUAUGGCUUUCCUCCCCUUCUCCCCAAACCCAACAUCACCUCAUUAGGUCCAGAGGAACGAGCACAGAGAGGCUUUUCCUCUGCUCCUGAAACACUUGAUAUACAACAAAUGUGUUGAUAAAUUAUCUUCAGUCUGUCACUCGCAAUGUUUCACAGACAAAGCAGGCAAUUAAAUACAAAGGCAUUUAUAAAGGAAUCAGGCUGAAGCACAGACAGACGGCCUUGUUAUUGUUAAAAUGAGAAUCUAUUCUUCCAUUGUAUAAAAUAAAUCUGCAGUUUACAAUACAGUAGACCAGUACUGAACUGUAAAUUCAUAGUCAAAUGUUUCACUCCUUCACAUCUAGCCUCCAGUGCAGGUUUUGUAUCAGCAAUGUUUGUAAGAAAGACAAAAAAAAAGAACAAUAUCAAAGGAAAUUCCGAAUAAAAAUUUUGUUUAUACUGUGGAAUAGAUCUUCUGGGUGUAUUGUCAUUAAGCAUGCAGUGUUGGACCCCAAUAGAGAAGCUCUGAUGCGUACCACAUGUUUAGGUUGCUGACAUGGACAAGGGAUAAUUACAUCACCCCUUAAAGAGGCAUCAAACUAGACCAACAACAUUUCUUUCAUUCGUCUACCUCAGUCAACAAUAUCAACACGGAUCUCUUGCGGUAAAUUUCCAGCAUGUGAAAGUCUGCACUGUUUUGAAUUAACUCCACAAAAACGGCAUAAAAAUGAAUUCAGCCUGAGGUCUGGCCUGCGUACUCGGACUACACAACACAAAUCUGCAACCCUCGCAUCUCAGAAGGAUUCUUGGUUCUAAGAUUGACUUCCGUAGCUCUUCUAAGACAGAACAACUGGAAUCUGUUUCAGGCUUCUGCGAAUUUCCUCGGCUGCAGGAUCAGCCUGUGUGGAUACUGUGAACUUUCUCUCUUUAUAAUCCUCGCCUGCUGUGUCUUCCACAUGCCUCCACAAAGCACAUGUCCCACAACAAACUGGAUCAUAAACUUAAAGUUGUUGCUUAGACGAGUGCUAAUUAUCAUGAGUCAUACGCUGCACUGGAUGUUUGCUCUUUCUUAGUCUAUUUGUUGUGUUGGUCUCGGUUGUCUAAGAAAAUGAAUGUUGAAAAUUUUUUAUGGUGGAUGGUAAAAGGUUAUAAUUAAGCAAAACAAAGAGUCUAUAGUCUUGUUAGCUGAGGUUAACAAGCCCCAUUUGCAAAAAAAGAAACAAAUUACAGCUGAGAUAAAUGCAAUUAGUUUGACAGGUAUUUUGUCAUGAAGCAAAUUCAAACUUUGAUUUGAUAAUGGUGUUAGAGGGAACAAGGAUAUAUAGUUUGGGAAUCUCUGCAAAAGGCUGCACUAAUUCAUCAAGUAAAUGUUAACCCUCCUGUCGUCCUGUGGGUCAAAAUUGACCCGUUUUAAAGUUUGAAAAUGUGGAGAAAAAAAUAUAUUUUCACAGAGAAAUGUCCGAUGUCCACAUUUUCAACAUUUCAAUCUUUGAAUAUUUUUUG